AAUUAGCGGUUAGGCUGCGUUUUACGGUUGGACAGGUUAAACAUGACGCUUAGUUAAACGGGGAAUUUCAAAGGUGCUAAAUGGGAAAAAUGGAGAUUCGAUGACACAGCUAUGCGGACGGUUCUUGCUCAACCCGCAGUCAAGUAUCUACUGCGGUUAUCAGGCACGAGUGCCAUAAAGUACCGUAGCGCCACUUGAAAGGCUUUAGAUAAAUGAACCGGUUGUCGCGAUACGAGCGCUGAUAAAGUGGAAAUUCUUGCGAAAAAAUGCCACGUAAUUACACACAACAAAUUCUACUAGCUACAGUUCUGCUAUGUGUAUAAUUACCUCAUGAAACCGAUAUGAUAAUGUUCGAAUAUCGCGUGAUUUUUCACUACAGGUAAGCGUGGUUACCAAUACACGCCAGGCUACCAACAACAAGCAGAGUAUAUCAUCAUCCGGACACGUUGCGAACUCCUCGUGCUACUCACGGAGAGUGAGAGGGAUCGCGUCAGUAACCUAAAAUUGAGACUUUGAGUGCAGUCGUACGAUACCCCGAUAACAUUGGCCAGGCAGAGCGUAUAUUAUAACGACUGAUGCCUCGAUCGGUGAUAUUCGCGAAUUUCCUUUCGCCGUGUUCGCUUGCCGCUCAAAGUCUAUAUAAAACCGUUGUACAUCGGCUCGGCAAGAGUUAAACAUAUUUUGGCCGCACGUCGAUCAAGUAGCGAAAACCUACGGCGAGUGCGUGUUGUUUCUCGAACCAUCGGAAGUGGUAGUGUUGGCUGGUUUUGAAAUCAAGAUCAUCCUACGAGGGCAAUUUUAGAAAAACGGAAAACUUGCGGAAAAACGCUUCUAGUGAAUAUCGUACCAAGCGUGAAGAAACAGUGCAUCUCAGUCCAUCGCCAGGCGAACACAGAUUGCUGAUCAAUGUUUGUUCUGAAAGUGAAAGUUAAAAAUUUAGUAAACAUGAGGAUCGAAAUCAGAAAUAUUUGCCUAUUAACGAUCGUGACAGCGCUGAUAAAUUUGGCAACCACGUCAUCUGCAGCAUCCGCAAAUAGUUACCUAGAUCUGGAAGAGUUCAACAGUUCGCCUACGCGCCACAACCACCGACGUCAUCCAUCAUCGGAACAACAGCAGCAACAGCCGCAGGAUAAUUUCAUCCUGAUUGACUACUUGAGCGACGGUGAGGCGGAGCGGCGAAUCAGUUGGAACGGGAUAGCCGGCAAGGAGACCAGCAUCGGUGAUAGUAGCAAAACACUCAGCCUGUGGCAAAUGUCGGACGGUCGGAGCUUCAUUCAGAUGAUCUACACCAGCGACGGGCAGCUGAUGGAUUGCGAGUACAUACGACAGAAGAAACUUAUCAAGGAUUUCCGGACUCGUUUCUACAACGAAAUUGAGCAAGCUCGUGCUCGCAACUUCAGCUCACCUUCGACACUUUCCGACAGCAGACGCUCUCUGGUGUCGGAUCACGAUUUUCGAGAGUUUCUCGAGAAUGGCAUCAUCACGUCCGAAAUGGAAGAUCUCCAGUACAACAUUCGAGAAUUUUCGGACAAUGAUAACAUGUCGCCGGUAGCAGUUGGCGAUGCUUUCGGAAUGAGAAACCUAACCUACAUUCCGGUGAAAAGUGAAACUGACAUACCAAAGGAUUUGCUGAAGCAGAUGAAUUACCACAAGCUGAAACACCAGUGCGAUCAGCGGCAUCUACAGAUGCGUGACCUAGCGCAUGGGUUACAAAGCAGUGAUUCGCAGGAGCAAAAAGUCGCCACAGAAUCCCUGCAAAGGCACAAGCGCGCCAUUGCCGAUUGGUUCCUUUCGCCCAACACCAAGUGGUGUGGGAAGGGUCACUCCGCCGAACGGUAUCACCAGCUAGGAGGCGCAUCCCGAGCGGACAUGUGCUGCCGUCAGCACGACUACUGUAAAUUAAAUAUUCCCGGCAUGGCUACCAAGUGGGAACUGUUCAAUUACCGUCCGUAUACGAUCAGUCACUGCAGCUGUGAUCAAAGGCAGCGUCGGGAUCUGUCCAGCAUGCUUCGAGUGCCGGGAACCAAGUGGUGCGGCAAGGGCUGGAGCGCGCGCAACUACGUCGAAAUGGGCGGAUUGUCGAAGGCGGAUCGUUGCUGCCGCCAGCACGAUCUGUCCUGCCCGUUUUGGAUCCUGGGCUUCGAAACCAAGUACGGGAUGUUCAACUGGCGCGUGAACACGCUGAUGCACUGCAGCUGCGAUGAGAGGUUCCGCACGUGCCUGAAAAUGGCCGACUCCAGCGACGCCAACAUGGUCGGCAAGCUGUUCUUCAACAUCGUGCAGUCCAAGUGUUUCGUGCUAAAACCGGAAGCGGUCUGCACCAAGCUAUCCUGGUGGGGUAAAUGUGAGAAAAAAGUUCGACGAAAACGGGCACACAUUCGGGAUAACAGGAAAUACUAAAAAGCGGUGACCAGACCAUUGGCUUUCGGGUGGAUGUGAGUAUUUAUCGGCCCAUCGGCAGGUAAUGACGUUUAUGCCGCCAACAUCCAAGCGCGCGCGGAAAUAAAACAGCAUUUAACUGCUGCACACGGCUACCAGCAGCGUGAUUCGGGACCGUUGUCAAAUUUUGUACCCCAGGGCUUACGGCCACUGUCAUUCAACACAGCUCGGUAUUAAGACGUCAAUAGGGUGAAAUUUAUACAUCGAUCAUCGGCUUGGCUGAUAUGAUAACGCAACUUGUAGAGACAAAUCACUGAAAGUCACAUCACUUUAACUAUGUACUAUUUUCGGAUCGAAACCAAAAGAAAUGCAUGUUGCCAAUCAUCAUUAAAAAAAGGAAACAACAGAAACAUAGAACUACAAACUGUGACAAAAAUAUAAUGAUGUUAUUUAUUUGAUAGCGUGCUAAGUUAAUUUAUUAGUAGCACAAAUUGAUGCCUGUGGCAUCGUAACGAUUGACUCCUCAAACAAUGAUUCCUAUUAAUUUGUAAGAAUUGCUGGAGACGGAAAACGUUUCUACAUUAAUUGUGUCGCAAAAAAACACACAUUCAGAGUAGAUAAGUUAAAUUCUGUUUACGUCACUAGCGUGGUAUGAGUCCAUCUGCAGAACUGAAGCCGGGUAAUAAGCUCCUUUCAAGGACCGACACUCUUAAAUUAAGGGUAUAAAUUCCAUGACAAAAUCUCGUUGUAAAUAGUUCAUGUUUUAACUUUUUCUCCUGACUUAUUUUCAUCGGUCAUUUAACCCCGAGAAAAAAUCUAUCCAUUUUUCACAAAUUCACCAACAUACAAAACGAGUAGAUGCUUUUAAAAAUAGCAAUAAAGCCACUUAAACUUGUGUACUUAAACAUAACCACGCCGACAAAUGUACUCACGUUAAUUGUAUAGGAUGUAAAUAACAAGUUCACAAGUUUUGUACUUUCGAGGAAUAAAUUAAUAGAAAAAGUUAUAUAAAUUUAAUGAAUAGUCUCGAAACAAAGUGAUAAUCAAAAGUAGAUGAGCAUGAUAGUUAUGAAUGUGACUAUUUUGUACACUAGAAUUGAUGAAUGUGAAAUUAUGAUUGAGAAAUAAUAAAUUAUUUUAAGCUAGUAGCACUAACAAGGUCGAAUGUAAGAAAUGAAAUCAUUAAGUACGUUGCUGAAACUUUCUUUGAAAACAUUGUUGUAAAUAUAGCUAAAAA